GCCAGAGGGAGAGAGAGAGAGAGUGAGAGAGAGAGAGAGAGAGAGAGCAGGCGGACUCGCCUGGCGCGGCUAAAGCUAACGGGGGAAAAACAUGGAGCUGUCUGCUGUCGGAGAGAGAGUCUUCGCCGCCGAAUCCAUCAUCAAACGGCGGAUCAGAAGAGGUCGGAUGGAGUAUCUGGUGAAAUGGAAAGGUUGGUCACAGAAGUACAGCACCUGGGAACCGGAAGAAAACAUUCUGGACUCUCGGCUUUUUGCUGCUUUUGAGGAAAGGGAGCGUGAAAGAGAACUGUUCGGGCCCAAGAAGAGAGGACCGAAACUCAAGACCUUCCUGAUGAAGGCUCAGGCCAAAGCUAAAGCGAGGUCCUAUGAGUUCCGCGGUGAAUCUUCACGCAGCAUCCGCAUUAACUACCCGAACCCUGAGCCUCUGGUGACGCCGAGGGCCAGAGAGGGGCUCCGCAGCGUCGUCCCAACCAUCUUCCCUCCCAGCACGGUGAACCGGGGCGAAAGCGUCCGACCCGCCCACCAGGAACCGACCCGAGAUCAUCGUCCCCUUCUGUCACCGAGAGCCGAGUCAGACAGGAUGGGCCACAUCCCCAAAAAACGGGGUCGCAAGCCCAAACUGUUCAGAGAGGGCUACUCAAGUGUCCUACACUCAGAAAAGAGCAAGAUGGACGAGUCCAUGUCGGGCAUCCCGUCAAAAAUGGCGCGUCUCGAACUGGGCGAGGACGACGAGGACGGUCUGAGUGAGAGGCCUCAAAAGCGACAGAACCCUCUCCUCUUUCCUCGUCGGACGAUGGAAUGGACCAAAACAAGUGACGACAGCAGGACUCGAGAGCACGCCACCAGUCAUUUCCACCGCAAGUACCUUAAACACCUCAGACAUCACGGAGCAUUCAAACACGGAGACACGUCGGCCAUUAAACAUCAUCCUCAUCAUCCUCAUCAUCAUCAUCCUCAUCAUCAGCAUCAUCAUCACCAUCAUCAUCAUCACCAGCCUUCACUCAUCGCCAAGAUCCCCAUGGCACGGAUCCUCGGAGAACCAGAGGAGGAAGCGGAACAGGAGGAGGACGAGGACAUGUGGAGACCCUGCUUCAGCAACGUGGAGAAGGUCACGAUCACGGACGUGACGACAAACUUUUUAACUGUCACCAUCAAAGAGAGCAACACAGACGAAGGUUUCUUUAAAGACAAGAGAUGAUUCGGUUCCUGUUACACACGGACCGAUUAUCAGAUACACACUUCUCUGAUUGUUUCGCAAUAUUCCACAUGAGCAGUAUUGUUAUCAUGGACACGUCAAAAUAUCGUCCCUUUGGAGAGCAGGAUAAGGAGCGGAGAAUAAAUAAAUCAAUCAAUUCUUUGUCCCAGACCAUGAACUUCUGAAGACCAAGCUUGCUCCGACUGAGGAAUAUUCUCCUAGUAAUGUAGUAUCAUUUGAAAAUACUAAUAAUAAUAAUAAUAAUUGUAAUAAUGUUGUGAACAGUGAUAAUGUUAUUGCAAUGAACAUUUAAAAUAAAGAUGUCAGAUUUCUUUUAGGGUGAAGUGAUAGAAGAACCAUUUUUGAUUCCCUGAAAACCUGCCUGAUGGUUCUGGAGGCAUCUCAUUGGUUCCUCGAUGAACUGAAGAAUUCCCACCACACUGUACAUUCUUAUGGUAGGAAAUGAUUCAUUAGUUCUUUCUGACGACAGCACAAAAGAAUUUUUUUUAGGAAACCAAAAAUGGUUCUUUUUGACUCUAAAAAUGUCGGCCAUCUUUGUUUUUAAAGCCUGUAGUCACAAGCGCUUAGUAUUUGUUUCUGCUCCUUUCUCAUCACCAUACUGUAUAUGCUGUAUAUGAAGAUAUCAAGAUAUGAACAUUUUAUUCCAUUUUCUGUGUUAAACACUGAACCGUGAUGAUGGACGUGAUCGAGGAGAAGUUUGCAUGCACUAGAAAAAGUUUCGGCUGUCAGCUGAAUCCGUGUCCAGGAUUAUAGAUGUGUGUAUGUUUGGCUCCUGGAGCCCUUUUCUUGUAAAAAAAGACUAAAUUUUUUAAAAAUCACAAAUCAUAUACUAAACUAAAUAUAUAUAACACUA